AGAAUGGAAGCUGAGAACUCCUCCGUGACAGAGUUUAUCCUCGCAGGCUUAACCAACCAGCCGGGACUCCAGCUCCCUCUCUUCUUCCUGUUUCUAGGUUUCUAUGUGGUCACGGUGGUGGGGAACCUGGGCCUGAUAACCCUAAUUGGGCUGAAUUCUCACCUACACACCCCCAUGUACUUUUUCCUCUUUAACUUGUCCUUCAUAGAUUUCUGCUAUUCCACUGUUAUCACACCCAAGAUGCUGAUGAGUUUUGUCUUGAGGAAGAACAUCAUCUCCUACGCAGGGUGUAUGACUCAGCUCUUCUUCUUUCUUUUCUUUGUGGUCUCUGAGUCCUUCAUCCUGUCAGCAAUGGCAUAUGACCGCUACGCUGCCAUCUGCAACCCACUGGUGUACAUGGCCACCAUGUCUCCUCAGGUCUGCUUACUACUUCUGCUGGGUGUCUAUGUGAUGGGAUUUGCUGGGGCCAUGGCCCACACAGCAUGCAUGGUGAGACUGACCUUCUGCAGCAAAAAUCUGGUUAACCACUACAUGUGUGACAUCCUUCCCCUUCUUGAGCGCUCUUGCACCAGUACCUAUGUAAAUGAGCUGGUCGUUUUUGUUGUUGUGGGCAUUGAUAUUGGUGUGCCCACAGUUACCAUCUUCAUUUCUUAUGCCCUCAUCCUCUCCAGCAUCUUCCGUAUUCAUUCUACCAAAGGCAGGUCCAAAGCCUUUAGCACCUGCAGCUCCCACAUAAUUGCAGUGUCUCUCUUCUUUGGGUCAGGGGCAUUUAUGUACCUCAAACCAUCCUCUCUUUUACCUAUGAAUCAGGGGAAAGUGUCCUCAUUGUUCUAUACCAUCGUUGUGCCCAUGCUCAACCCGCUAAUCUAUAGCUUGAGGAAUAAGGAUGUCAAAGUUGCUCUGAAGAAAACAUUAAGGAAAAAACCAUUCUCUUGA